AUGCUUCCCACCUCGCCCCAGCAGGACCAGGCGCCGUCCACCUGGAAGCACGAAGCCAUCCGCCGCGGCACCCUGAGGAUCACCGGCCCUCCGCCUGCUGACCUGCCGCCCGUCGAGCCCGUCGACGACGCCGACAACGACGACAGGGACGACAAGGACGACAAGCUGCUGUCGCCCAAGCGCUUCACCGACUCGCACACCUUGGACCUGCGCAGCACCCACUCGUCCACUCGCCGCCGCCUGCUGCGCAAGGCCAGCCUGGACAUUGGCCACCGCGUCGGCGUCUCCGCCGUCUUUCCCACCCACAAGCGCACCUCGACCGAGAUCCAAGAGACGAUUAUGCAGUCCAGCAUAUCCGUCAGCGGCGCCUCGACCGCGACCCCCACCACCAUCGGCCGCCCGAGCAAGCGUCAGAAGCGCGGCUCCUUGAGCGCUGCUUUCAAGCGCAUCUUCGGCAGCAAAAGGCGUCUGGAGCGCGACAGCGAGAGGAGCCGCACCGCUUCUCCGCCGAGACAUGCCUACCACCACAGCGAGCCGCAGGCCAGGCGGGUGUCGCCUCCGCGGACCUUCACCACCGAGCCCCGCGUGGAAACCUCGAGUUCAGACGAGUUACCUUCAUUUACUGACAAUCUCGGCCGCGGGACGCCGAUCCAACUUCCCUUCCCCAUGAACGUCAAUGCUCCUCAGGAAGAGAGCAGCGACCUGGACUACAUCGCAUUCGACCAGGCGCGUCCGAUCCACCGACGAAGAGCCACGCUGCCCAGCAUGGUGUUCAACUCGACCGAUGCGUCCACGCUUUCUGCCAUCUGGAGCGAGUCUGCCAGCAGGCAUGAGGAUCAGCGCAGUAUUAAGGACGAGAUCGGCAUUGCUGUUUCCGGCCCCGAACACCGCCAAAGCUUCAGCUCGCAAGGGCCAAGGCGAAGGUCCAAUCGCAGGUCACGAAGCGCUGGCGCGUUAGAGGAUCUGAGGAGACUGCAUGAACGCGACCCGUCCAAUCGCAAUAGUAUUGUGAACAGCCUACGCCAAAUCAGAACCCCGGGCAGCCGACCGCAGACAUCUCACGUGCCCACUACCGAGGAGGAAGAGGAUGUCAUCAUGCAUGAUCAAGAUGAGGUGUUUGAGACUCCAGCCGAGGGCGUGUCGCGCGCCAGCAGCAGCGACACUGUGAUGCGUGCCAGCCCACCUGCCAGUCCCUCUCCGGGUGGGCAUGAGGUUCACGCCUUUGAUUUUGGUCCCUGGCGCACCGGCCAUGGUUCUCCUGCACUCAACACCCCCUCAGCUCUCGGGCAACAGUUUGAGACCUCGGCUGAGCCGCCGCUUGUCCCGCUGGACGAGCGCAUGGAGCGCCUGGAGAGCAACAUGCGGUAUUUUGAUGAAUCGCUGCGACGCCUGCAUGGUCGCCAGAACCGACAGACGAUUAUCCUGGAGAAGGCGCCGCUCGGGCGAGGUCACGCUAGGAACCUGAGCACAUCGUCGGAGGACUCGCCGCGAUAUCCCAAACGCCCGUCCAUCCCUUUCGCCGACUCCCAGCAGCAAGUGCCAUCUCCAGUCUCGUUGACUUCCUCUCCUCAUGAUUCGCAAUUUACUCAGCCACAAGCUAGCUCAUCGGUCCUGUCUGGCCAGAUGUUCUACUCACCAGCCCAAUACUCUCAGAGCCUCCCUCAGCAUCGCUUGCCAUCCCCCAAGACGUCUCUUCCCAACCUCAUGAGCUCUCCGAGUAUGACCACCAUGAGCAGCGCGCCGACAAUGGUUGCUACCGCAGGCCUUCCUCCGCCAUCGUCGCAUUCCUACACCGAGCAGCACUCGUAUGCCCCGGACCAGAUGACGGCUCUUUACUCCCUUCUAUACCAUGAACGCGCCGCGCGCAAAGAUCUCGAAUCGCAGGUUGAUGAUUUGCGCCGUGAGAUGGGUGACUUGCGUCUACGUGUUGAGCGGCAGUAUCCAAGGAGCCACCCGGAUGGAUACAACAACAACAGCACGCAACAAAACACCGGAGGUGAUUCUUACGCCAACAACUACUGCUCAACUCUGGGGAAAACACACGUGACGUCCAACAUUUACAACUAUGCUGCCUACCCCGGCACUCAAAACGCCUACCCAACACCUUCACCGGACGUCAGCAUCCUUCUUGGCACAACAACCACCUCGUCAACCGAGCAGCUUGCCGCGAUACACCCUCGUAUUUCGCAGCUCAACUACGAAGAAGAGGCUUCCAAGCAGCGCACGAGCCGGUUUAGCUUCGAGUCCGACGAGCUCGAUCUUCCCGACAACGGUCGUGCCAGCAAGCGCCACAGCGGCGCCGGCAACAACAGUCCCGGCUCUCAGCGUCAAAGUUUCUUGCGCUAUGGAGGACCCGUCGUCGCCGACCGCAGCAGCAGUGUGUACGAGUACGGGUAUCCGCCGGACGACGAGACGGAGAUCACCUCGGACGACGCCAAAGCCGGAAUGGAGGAGUACCAGACGCCGCUCGAGGAACCCGAGAGCCCGGCGCCGCGGGAUGGCGAGGAGGUCUUCACGGGCGUCGGCGUCGCCGUUGGAGGUCCGCUUCCUGUGCGGAAGAUCAGCCUUGGGAAGAUGAUCUGA